AUGGAUCCGAUGAGUUCUCCAUACGGCGUACCAUCGCCAUACGACCAACAAGUUCCAUCGACAUCUUCAGCUACUUGCGCCAUGGCUCGUCCAAACACUCCGCAAACACCAUACGCGCGAUCUGCAUAUAGUUCUGCGCAUGCAUCCCCUUUUCGUCCUGCAAAUGCUGCAGAUGCAGUACGUUUGCGUGAAACAUGUGCUCGAAAUGCUCAAACGGCACAAUGGAUGGACAGCCAGUACUUAGCCGGUGUAUCGGGUUAUCAUGGAAGUGGAGUACAAUCCGGUCCAUGCUCAGUGAUGUCGGCCGCGAGUGGCGGAAUGUCGGUGAUGUCGGGGAUGUCGCAAAUGUCAUUGGGCAAUAUGAGUCAGCUCAGCAUUUGCACACAGCUGACGGAAGCUCACUAUGCACAGGUUCCUCACUAUCAGCCUACAUCGGGAGCAUCGAGUAUGGAGAACAUCGACCCAAGCAAUAUUUACGAAAUUAACCGACAAGUGAACACAUUGAUUGUCAGCUUGAGGCACGACGACCCUGUAAGAAAUUCGGCGGAAAGCAGCGAACUCGGUCCAGAGCAUGGCACGACAACGACUAUUGGCGAUGGUAUCCAACCAGGCUACACUGCGCGAAUUGAUUUGUUACUUUCUGCAAUUUGUGUUGGAACACACUAUAGAACAAGCCUGAUCAUCCUUUCACUGCUUGGACUGUUAUCGCGUUUACAGCCAUUCUGCGUAAGAAAGAUUUGCGAGCGUUCCGAAGAAUGUGCAGAGUCAGCAAAGUAUGGCAUCGAGUUUGUGCGACUCGAAGGUGUACAGAUUUUUGGAAACCUUUUGUCACAUGGCUCAACUAUGCUUCUUCACGAAUUGUUGCAUUGUUUGGCGGCUGUAGGGGACUUGAAAGAAGCACUUGAGUCUCAGGACAUCACCAGUACCAUCAUCUCUGUUUUGCAACUCAUGGGAGCUCACGAUCCGAUACUAGUCAAUCAUGGAACGGCAUUCCUUCUUAAUGUUUCAGCAAAUAGCGUGCGGAAUAAGACAACGAUGGUAGCAGAACGUGCUCCGGAUACAUUGCUCAGUGUACUCAAUCACCGUAAUAACUAUCUUACUAUUCCUCUACCAAACGUUCGACAGCUGAUUGUGUCCAUUACUGAUAAUGUACUUAUUUGCCUCGCCAAUCUCACGAGGAACCAAGACGAAUGCGGAAGAAAUGCAUGUGUUCAGAUUGCUAGAAAGUCUGAUUCGGCCAAAACACUGCUAAAUGUGUUAGCGAGUGGGAGUGUGGAGUGUCAAAAUCGAGUCUUAAUGGUUAUUUUCAACACAAAUUUGUGUGUUUCUGAGUACAAGCUGUUCUUUGUCGACACUGUAGACGACUAUAACCAGUCGAACUUAAUCACUUUCAUACUUCGUCUUUUGUGGAACAAUUUUGCGCAAUUUAACAAUUUCGCGGACUCAGAACGGAUUCAUCGUCGAAAACAGAUUGAUCGAGUUUUGCGGUUACUGGCCACACUUUCAAAAAGCGAUGAUCUUCUUGAACAAAUUGCCACCAUAUUCAGGGAACACAAUCCUUUGCCCUUAUUGCGACCAUUCCGCAACAAUGAUUUUACUGCACAUCGAGAUUUUCUAGAGUUCUUGGAUGCCCUGAGCAAUGAUCCGAAAAGGUUUCCUCUUGUGCACAAGUGGCUCUCUACUGCAGAUUCGCAACAAAUUCUGCACUACUAUUGUCAGUUCCAACUUGACGCUAAACUCAGUAAGUUGACUUUCUUGACAGAACUUUCACUUGCGCACAGCUGCGGCGCGUGCGUGCAUAUUGGCGUGCCAGUUUGUUUUAGAUCGACCAUAUGA